AUGGUUGAAAACACUCUUUUCCAACCACGACAAGAACCAAUUCAUAAACGUUCAACAACUACUAGUAGAACAUUCAAUGUUCAAGGUGAUAAUAAUUUAUUAAUUCAAAAUCCAAAUGUUUUACCUGAAGAUGAAGAACAAGUUUAUGAAGAAUUAACUAUAUUUGAUACACCACCUAAAUCUAAUUUAUUAUUAAAACAACAACAUCAAUUUGAUGAUAAUAUUUUAUAUAAUAGAAGUAAUACAUUUCUAAAUGAAGAUAUAACUGAUAUUAAUGAAAAUUUAAAUUUAAAUAUUAAAAGUUUAAUUAUUGGAUCAUCUAUUACAAUAAGUAAUUUAGAAGAAUUUAUUAAAAAACAAAUUAAAAUAUUACCAAAAUAUCAAUCACAAAGUUUAGAAUGUAUUUUACAUCAAACAAAAUAUUUUGCAUCUACACCUAUUAGAAAUGCAGCAUGUUUAGCAGGUAAUAUUAUAACUGCUAGUCCUGCAAGUGAUUUAAAUCCAUUAUGGGUUGCAUUGGAUUGUAAUUUAAAAAUUAUGCAAAUGGAUGGUCAUGUUAAAACUAUUCCAUUUAAGGAAUUUUUUACUGGAUAUAGACAAGUACAAUUAAAAAAGAGUGAAUUAUUAAUACAUUUAGAAAUACCAUUACCACAAUUAGAUAAUAAUAAUAAUACAAUACAAUUAGUUAAAUCAUUUAAACAAUCUAAAAGAAGAGAAGAUGAUAUUGCCAUUGUUACAUCUGCUAUGAAAAUUAAAUUAUUUAAAAAUAAUAAUUUAAAUAAUAUAAAUAAUAAUAAUUUAAAUAAUAUUAAUAAUAAUAAUUCUAAUUCUAAUAAUAAUAAUAUAAAUAAUAAUAAUAUAAAUAAUAAAUAUUAUAUUCAAGAUAUAAAAUUAGUAUAUGGUGGUAUGAAUGCAUAUACAGUAUCAGCAGAAAAGACACGUCAAUAUUUAAUAGAAUUAAAAAUAAGAGAAUUAAAUCAAGAUGAAGAAUCAGUUUUAUUAAAUCAUCAUUACAUUCCAAGAAUAUAUCCAAAAGGUGAACAAUUUUAUUCAAAUACAAUUGAAAUUGGACAAUCUAUUGGAAAAUCAAUUUUACAUCAAUCAUCAAAUAUUCAAGUAACAGGUGAAGCUAAAUAUGUAGAUGAUAUACAACCUAUAUAUGGACAAUUAUAUGCAGCAUUAGUACAAUCAAGUAAACCAUUAGCAUUAAUUAAAUCAAUUUCAUAUGAUAAAGCAUUAUCAAUGAAAGGUGUAAUUGGUUAUGUUGAUUAUAGAGAUGUUAAAGGACAUAAUAGAGUUGGUGCUGUUAUACCUGAUGAUGAAGAAUUAUUCAUUUCAUUGAAAACUACUU